ACCGUCACGACAACAGAACGCACACGGACAACAUUCUUGGAGGGAAGACGGUUGAAAAAUACUUAAUUUUAAAUGAAGUAAAACAGCCUUAAACAUGUCAGCUGCGGAUUUAGAGCUCGGCGAUAGCCGAGUUGAGUUUAUUGCAGACUAUGUGAUAAAAACAACAAAAUGUAAACCGGACAAAUUUAUGAAAAUGUACAAUGUUGAUGAAACUAAGCAGAUGAUCUUAGAAUGGUUUGAUAAAGCAGACAAUCCUUCUUUGGUAAUUGUCAGCAAUCCUGGCGGAUCUCUUACCGCCCAGUACGAAUGGCCAGCAAAUCCGAAACAGAAAGCUUGUUAUUUUGUGAAAAAGACGAAGGAGGCUAUUCCAAAGGACAUUCCAUUCAGACAGGCAGUUUUGUAUGGAGAUCUUUCAUAUUCUCCACUGGAUCAGCUUUCAGCCUUUGUGGAUGAGGUUUUGGUACCACUGUUAUCCAAUGAAAGAAACCACGACCACUGGCCAAAUGUUGUCUCCAAGGAUGUUACAAGACAUGUCCACAACUUGAAAGGAAAUGUUUUUGUUGUGUCAGGUCAAGCAAAAGGAAAGACCUUACUUCCAUUACCAGUUGGAGCCGACCGUGUACAUGAGAUUGAAUUAGAUGGAAGUGAUGCCUUUGACCGUGCAUUGAUUCACACCAUUGAGUCAAUGGUGAUUGAAUGGACUCAUCAGAUUCAAGAUGUGCUGAAGAGGGACUCUGCCCAGCCGCUGCUUGAAGGUCUAAACCCAACACCCUUUGUGGAGCUUGAAUUCUGGAAGAACAAGGCCUCCAACCUUGAAUGUAUUUAUGAACAGCUGAGGGAUCCCAAAGUACGCAAGAUGGCAGAAUUGCUGGAGAAAACUGGAAGCAGCUAUUUCAUCUCCUUCAAGGAAAUCUUCAGGGACUGUGUUGCAGCAUUGACUGAGGCUCAGGAUAUCAACAUGUACCUGAAACCAAUGCGACAUCACUUUGAAGAUUAUGAACAAGCAGAGUUUGAUGAAAGCAAGAAAUUGUUCGGGCCAAUGAUGAACGCCUUGUGUCUUGUCUGGGCCAACUCGGAAUACUACAAUACCCCGGCGAGAAUCAUUGUACUCCUACAGGAAAUGUGCAACAUGAUCAUGCAAACGGCAAGCACAUUCCUCGAGCCACAUGAGUUGUUCAAAGGUGAGGUUGAAGAGACUAUAGACAAAGUACGUAAGGCUUGUGAUGUCCUCAAAGGCUUCAAGGAUGAAUAUGAAGUACAUCGCCAGAAACUCAACACCUACUUCAAGGAUGGAAAAGAGCCAAGAGAAUGGGAGUUUGCCCCCAAGCUUGUGUUUGCCCGUUACGACAAGUUCUGUGAACGUGCAGAAACUGUUAAGACAUUGAUGGAGACUGCCCUGGAAUUUAUGAAGCUGGAGAAGAUCGAGAUUGGCGGUAUCAAGGGUAAGGUGCUCAGUCAACAAGUGGUGAACAUCUUCGAGGAGUUCCAGGUCCAAUACAAGGUCUUCACUGAUGCUACCUAUAACUGCCUGGAUCCAAAUGAUCCCAGUUUUAUCAACCAGUACAAGCAGUUUGAAGAGAUUGUUGAAGACUAUGACCGCAGACUGGCAACUAUCAUAUGUCAGGCUUUCGAUGAUGCUGCCGGUCUAGAGAAUGCAUUCAAGCUGUUGGACAUCAUGGGCACAUUGCUUGAUCGUCCAUUGAUCAAGAAGGACUUCGAGGAGAAAUACCCGAUCCUCGUCGAGUUGAUGAACAAAGAGAUGGACAUUGCCAAGGAGAUCUAUGACCAGCAGAUGCAGAUAAAGGCAGCCCAGGGUAAAGUCCCGAUUCACAAGAACAUGCCCACAGUCACUGGUGGGCUCAAGUGGGCCCAGGAACUUAGAGAGAGAAUCAGCAUUCCAAUGGCCAACUUCAAGCAUCUUGAACACCCGAAGGCAACUAAGGAUAUGAUAGAGCAAAUGCCACAGCCUGAAGAUACCAAGCCAUGUACUACUGCAGCUAGUAGAUACUUUCAUGUUGCUACGGCUCCAGAGUUUGAAGAAGUCUGGACGGGGAGAGUGAUGGAGAGUGAGGAAGCCAAGCUGGUGUUCACCAAGUAUGAGGAGAUGUUACAACUUCUCAGCAAAUGGGACCAGGAGAUCUACAAGGAAUGGAUUGCUGGUGUAGACGAGGCUUGUUCUUUCAACCUGAACCAACCACUGAUAACCCGCAACGAAGAGACCAAGCUAAUCACUGUCAACUUUGACCCCCAACUUGUUGCCGUGCUGCGUGAAGUGAAGUACCUGGAGGUGCGUGCAGAGGAACAGAUACCUGAAAGUGCAUCUGCCAUCUACACUCGCUACGAUACUCUCUGGAAGUAUGUGACCAACCUUGACCUAACAGUUAUGCUGUACAACAAGGUCAGAACCACUGUCCUAGAGGUCGAGUUCCCGCUGAUCGAGAGUCAGGUCGCCGAGAUCGACCAGAAGCUUCAGCAGGCUGAGGGAACACUGAACUGGAAUACUGACGGUAUCUGGGAGUACAUCCAGAGUACACGCGACCAGGUACAGGAUCUCCAGUCACGUGUCCAGCAGACGAAGAACAAUGUGGAGGAGGUACAAAAGCUCAUGUCCACCUGGAGCAAGAAUGCACUCUUCGUAAGGAAGGAAGAGAAGAACGACACUCUGCUCAACUUGACCGAUCGGGAAGACCGCCUCAAGAAACGCUACGAUGAGAUCAAGAACAUCGGAGACCAGAUCCAUGGUCUGCUUGGGAAAAAUCUUGAGUUGUUCAAGGCUGAUAAGACCUCGGACAUCUGGAAGGCAUAUGUAGACUAUGUGGACGAGAUGGUAGUCGAUGGCUUCUUCAACACAAUCCACUGUAGCUUGAAGUUCCUGCUUGACAACACAGAUGUCAAGAACAAUCCUGAUGAUCUGUUCAAGGCAAUCCUUGAACUACAAGCUCCAGAGAUGGUGUUUGUACCUUCGCUAGAGUUCGGUGUACCAGAUGGGUUCUAUGAUCUGGUUGAUGGUCUUGUCGGUGAUAUCUACAAGCAGGCAUCCCUUGUCAAACGUCUGGCAGCGCACAGUGGCCAGGAGCACUAUCAGCCAGACCUUGAAGACAUGGAAGAGUUAUCAGACAUGAGACAAGAGCUGAUGGACCGUAUCCAAAACAUCAUGAACAAGAGCAUGGAGUACAGAAACUCCUUCGACAACUAUGCCUACCUCUGGGUCGAUGACAGGAAUGAGUUCAUGCGCCAGUUCUUGUUGUAUGGUCAUGUGCUCACGACAGAGGAGAUUGAAGCUCACGCUGAGGAAGGUGUUCCGGAGAAUCCACCAACCCUGAAGCAGUUCAAGGAACAGAUUGACACGUAUGAGAAGAUCUAUGAAGAAUGCGAACAAAUCCACCCAGUGAAGGUGUUUGACAGUUGGUUCAGGAUCGAUGCCAAGCCCUUCAAACAAGCUCUCCUUAAUAUCAUCAAGAGGUGGAGCUUCAUGUUCAAGCAGCAUCUCAUUGACCAUGUCACCAACAGCUUGAAGGAGCUCUCUGAGUUCAUCAAGGUGACAGACAAGGGUUUGACAAAGCCUGUGGAAGAGGGAGAGUACGAUAAACUGGUUGAGUGUAUGGGUCACCUGUUUGCAGUGAAGGACCGGCAGGCCACCACUGAUGAUAUGUUUGAUCCUCUCAAGCAGACCAUUGAGCUACUGAAAACCUACGACCAGGAAAUGCCCGAGGAGGUUCACCAGCAACUCCAGGAACUGCCAGAACAGUGGAACAACACAAAGAAGAUUGCCAUCACUAGUAAACAGCAGGUGGCACCACUACAGGCAACAGAGGUGGCCAACAUCAGACGUAAGAGUGCCACGUUUGAUGUCAACCAACAUAAGUUCAGAGAAAAGUUCCGACAGAUUCCAGCAUUCAGAUAUGACUGCGAAAGGCCAUACGAGUCACUUGAUAAGUACCAUGAGGAGAUUGCGACCAUGGAGAAAGAGAUGCAAACACUGUUGGCAUCUGCCGGACUGUUUGAAGUGAAUGUUCCUGACUUCAAGCAGCUCAAACAAUGUCGCAAAGAGAUCAAGAUGUUGAAGACACUGUGGGACUAUGUGAUCAUGGUCCGUAGCAGUAUUGACGACUGGAAAACAACACCGUGGAAGGAGAUCAAUGUGGAACAGAUGGACAUGGACUGUAAGAAGUUUGCUAAAGACAUCCGCACGCUCGACAAGGAAAUGCGUGCCUGGGACACAUACAGCGGGGUGGAGAACGUUGUAAAGAACAUGUUGACAUCGCUCCGUGCCGUCAGUGAGCUCCAGAACCCAGCUAUCAGAGAGAGACAUUGGCAACAGCUUAUGGCAGCAACCAAGGUACGAUUUGUCAUGGAUGAGAGCACAACACUGGCCGAUCUUCUGUCCCUCAACCUGCACAACUUUGAGGAUGAUGUAAGAAACAUUGUGGACAAGGCCGUGAAGGAAAUGAGCAUGGAGAAGGUGCUGAAGGAACUCGACGUAACAUGGGCACAGAUGGAGUUUGAACAUGAUCCUCACCCACGUACAAAGAUCACCAUGCUGAAGACUAGUGAAGAACUUAUUGAAACCCUUGAGGACAACCAGGUACAACUGCAAAACAUGCUCACCUCCAAAUACAUUGCCCACUUCCUGCAAGAAGUGUCGACUUGGCAGAAGAAACUGUCGACAGCUGAUCAGGUCAUUGGAAUCUGGAUGGAAGUGCAGAGGACCUGGUCCCAUCUUGAGAGUAUUUUUAUUGGGUCUGAGGAUAUCAGAAAUCAGCUGCCAGAAGAUUCUAAACGAUUUGACGGCAUUGAUACUGACUUCAAGGAACUGGUGAAAGAAGUUGAGAAGACAAAGAACGUUGUUGAUGCCACAAACAUUCCAAACCUGUAUGAGAGACUUGAUACCCUGCAAGGCCAGUUGACUCUUUGUGAGAAAGCUCUUGCUGAAUACCUGGAAACCAAGAGAUUGGCCUUCCCACGUUUCUACUUCGUCUCGUCUGCUGAUCUGCUCGACAUUCUGUCUAACGGCAAUAACCCCAGUGUGGUUGCUCGUCAUUUGACCAAGUUGUUUGACAGCAUGGCUAAACUGAAGUUCAAGCAAGACGACAAGGGUAAUGAUACGAAGGUGGCACUUGGAAUGUUCAGUAAGGAUGGUGAAUAUGUUGACCUUGAUGCCGAAUGUGAUCUUGGCGGACAGGUUGAGGUAUGGUUGAUGAGGCUGUUGGAACGUCACUGUGCAACUGUCCGCUACCAGAUGACGGAAGCAGUAUCCUCCUAUGAGGAGAAACCACGUGACCAGUGGCUGUUUGACUUCCCUGCCCAGGUAGCUUUGUGCGGCACACAGAUUUGGUGGACAACAGAAGUAAACAUUGCUUUCAGCCGUCUUGAGGAAGGUUAUGAAAAUGCCCUCAAGGAUUACAACAAAAAACAGAUUGCACAGUUGAAUGCUUUGAUUACGAUGUUGAUCGGAAAACUGUCCUCUGGAGACCGUCAGAAGAUUAUGACCGUGUGUACCAUUGAUGUGCACGCUCGUGACGUCAUUGCCAAACUGAUUUCUACAAAGGUGGACAGUUCCCAAGCCUUUGCUUGGCUGUCACAGCUCAGACAUAGAUGGGAUGACAAUGAACGUGACUGUUUCGCAAACAUUUGUGAUGCCCAGUUCAGAUAUUCCCAUGAGUAUCUUGGAAACACACCACGUCUUGUGAUCACCCCUUUGACUGACAGAUGUUACAUCACUCUGACACAGUCUCUCCAUUUGAUCAUGAGCGGUGCUCCUGCUGGUCCAGCUGGUACAGGAAAGACAGAGACCACCAAGGAUCUGGGUCGUGCCCUUGGUAUCAUGGUCUACGUGUUCAACUGCUCAGAACAGAUGGACUACAAGUCAAUUGGUAACAUCUACAAAGGUCUAGCCCAGUCUGGAGCCUGGGGAUGUUUUGAUGAGUUUAACCGUAUUGCCGUAGAGGUGUUGUCCGUGGUUGCUGUACAAGUGAAAUGUAUUCAGGAUGCCAUCAAGUACAAGAAACAACGCUUCGAUUUCUUGGGUGAAAACAUUGCGCUGAAACCAACAGUCGGUCUCUUUAUUACCAUGAACCCAGGUUAUGCUGGACGAACAGAAUUGCCAGAAAACCUCAAAGCUCUGUUCAGACCAUGUGCUAUGGUUGUUCCUGACUUUGAGUUGAUUGCUGAAAUUAUGUUGGUGGCUGAAGGAUUCUUGGAAGCCAGACUGCUGGCCAGAAAAUUCUUGACACUGUACAGCUUGUGCCGAGAACUGCUUUCAAAACAGGACCAUUACGAUUGGGGCUUGCGUGCCAUCAAGUCUGUGUUGGUCGUGGCUGGUUCCCUGAAGAGAAAUGAUCCUGACAGACCAGAGGAUCAGGUAUUGAUGAGAGCUCUGAGAGAUUUCAACCUUCCGAAGAUCGUCACAGACGACGUUCCAAUUAUCAUGGGUCUCAUUGGGGACUUGUUCCCGGCUCUUGACGUACCCAGAAAGCGUGACAUGGACUUUGAGAAACUGAUCAGACAGGCAACUCUUGAUCAGAAACUUCAACCUGAGGAUAACUUUAUUCUCAAGGUAGUACAGCUGCAGGAGCUGUUUGAAGUACGUCACUCUGUAUUCUUGCUGGGUAGUGCCGGAGCUGGCAAGAGUAAGGUAUGGAACACACUGAUACGCACAUACAGGAACCAGGGACGUAAACCCCAGGCCAUUGACCUUGACCCCAAGGCUGUAACAAACAAUGAGCUGUUCGGUAUCAUUAACCCAUCUACUCGUGAAUGGAAAGACGGUCUCUUCUCUGUUAUCAUGAGAGAUUUGGCCAACUUGACAACUGAUGGACCCAAAUGGAUUGUCCUGGACGGUGACAUUGAUCCUAUGUGGAUUGAAUCCUUGAACACCGUGAUGGACGACAACAAAGUGCUCACUCUGGCCAGUAAUGAGAGAAUCCCACUGACACCAUCAAUGAGACUGCUGUUUGAGAUCAGUCACUUGAGAACAGCCACCCCAGCUACAGUAUCAAGAGCUGGUAUCCUCUUCAUUAACACCACAGAUCUUGGCUGGAACCCAUAUGUUCAGAGUUGGAUUGAUACACGUGAAGUACAGUCAGAGAGAGCAAACUUGCUGAUCUUGUUCGAAAAGUACGUUCCUAUCUUGCUUGAGACAAUGAAGCACCGCUUCAAGAAGAUCACACCCAUUGCCGAGAUCAGUCAUGUACAAAUGUUGUGUCAUCUGCUUGAAUGUCUUCUGAUCGCCGAAAACACACCACCAGAUUGUCCAAAGGAACUCUAUGAGUUGUACUUUGUAUUUGCAUCAGUGUGGGCCUUUGGUGGUUGUACAUUCCAAGAUCAGUUGGUAGAUUACCGUGUAGAGUUCACAAAGUGGUGGACCACUGAGUUUAAGACCAUCAAGUUCCCAGCCCAAGGUACUGUAUUUGACUACUACAUUGACAAUGAGACACACAAGUUUGAGCCCUGGACAAAAAUGGUGCCCAAGUUUGAGUUGGAUCCUGAUCUACCGCUUCAAGCAGCCUUGGUGCACACAUCAGAGACAACAAGGGUAAAAUGGUUCCUUGACAUGUUGAUUGAGAAGCGCCGUCCAGUGAUGUUGGUAGGUAAUGCAGGUACCGGAAAGACUGUACUGAUGAAUGACAAACUUCGUUCGCUCAGUGAGGACUACAUGGUGGCCAAUGUACCAUUCAAUUUCUACACAACCUCACACAUGCUGCAGAGCGUUCUAGAAAAACCACUGGAGAAGAAAGCUGGCCGUAACUUUGGUCCACCUGGAACAAGACGUCUGAUAUACUUUGUUGACGAUUUGAACAUGCCAGAGGUGGACAAAUACUUCACAGUACAGCCUCACACCAUGAUGAGACAGCAUGUUGACCAUAGCCAUUGGUAUGAUCGUGCCAAGCUGACUCUAAAGGAAAUUCACAAUACCCAGUAUGUGGCUUGCAUGAACCCAACAGCUGGUAGUUUCACAAUUGACUCUCGACUUCAGAGACAUUUCUGCGUGUUCUCUGUGAACUUCCCUAACCAAGAGGCUUUGCAGACAAUUUACACAAGUAUCUUGGCUCAGCAUUUGGCAAUGAACAGCUUUGCCGGAAAUGUGCAGAAAUAUGCUACCACACUGAUCAACGGUGCUUUGGCCCUGCACAACAAAGUGACAUCAACCUUCCUGCCUACAGCCAUCAAGUUCCACUAUAUUUUCAACCUGAGAGAUCUGUCCAACAUCUUCCAGGGUGUGAUGUUUGCCAUGUCAGAUUGUGCUAAGACACCUGUGGAGCUUGUGAGAUUGUGGAUGCAUGAAGCAGAUCGUGUCUACAGAGACAAACUUGUAGAUUUAGCAGAUAUGGAAUCGUUUGACAAACUCAGACAGGACAUAGUCAAGAAAUCAUUUGAGGAUAUUGAUGAGAAUCUUCUGUACAAGCAACCAUUAAUUUAUUGCCAUUUUGCACAUGGCAUUGGAGAAGCCAAAUACCUCCCAGUAGAGGGUUGGGCAGAGCUGAAUAAGAUUCUUGUUGAAGCUCUUGACAAUUAUAAUGAACUUAACGCCGCAAUGAACCUUGUGCUCUUUGAAGAUGCCAUGUCACAUAUUUGCCGAAUCAAUCGUAUUCUGGAAUCUCCUCGGGGUAAUGCCCUGCUUAUCGGAGUCGGUGGUAGUGGUAAACAGAGUUUGUCAAGGCUGUCGUCAUUUAUUAGCAGUUUAGACGUGUAUCAAAUUACCCUAAGAAAAGGUUAUUCGGUUGCCGACUUGAAAGCCGAACUUGCUCAGCUUUACUUGAAAGCAGGACUGAAAAAUAUGGGUAUUGUAUUCUUGAUGACCGAUGCACAAGUUGCUGACGAGAAGUUCUUGGUGUUGAUUAAUGACUUGUUGGCAUCCGGUGAGAUUCCAGACCUGUUUGCCGAUGAUGAAUAUGAAAACAUUAUUAAUGGUGUCAGAAAUGAAGUAAAAGGAAUGGGACUAGAAGAUAGUCGAGAAAACUGCUGGAGCUUCUUUAUUGAUAAAGUCCGUAGAACUCUAAAGGUUGUCCUAUGUUUCUCACCAGUUGGUGCAACAUUACGUGUACGUAGUCGUAAAUUCCCUGCUUUGACAAAUUGCACCAGCAUUGACUGGUUCCAUGAGUGGCCAGAAGACGCUUUGAUGUCUGUAUCAGCAAGAUUUUUGUCCGAGGGAACAGAACUACCACCUGAUCUUUGUGACUCAAUUUCCACAUUUAUGGCCUAUGUGCACAAAUCUGUGAAUGAGAAGAGCCAUCAGUAUUUCAUUAAUGAAAGACGUUACAACUACACUACACCUAAGAGUUUCUUAGAACAAAUUGCUCUCUACCAGAAUCUUUUGGGGAAAAAGAACACUGAAUUACAGGCAAAGAUCAUUCGUUUAGAGAAUGGUCUGGAGAAACUGAAGAGCACAGCACAGCAGGUAGAUGAUCUGAAAGCUAAGCUUGCCUCACAAGAGGUAGAACUAGCCCAGAAGAAUGAAGAUGCAAACAAACUUAUCACAGUUGUUGGUGCCGAGACUGAAAAAGUAUCAAAGGAGAAAGCAAUUGCUGAUGAGGAAGAAAAGAAAGUCUCCAAAAUUAAUGAAGAAGUAUCUAAAAAGGCCAAGGAUUGUAGUGAUGACCUGGCUAAAGCAGAACCAGCUUUGCUCGCAGCUAAGGAAGCCUUGAACACUCUAAACAAGAAUAACUUGACAGAAUUGAAGUCCUUCGGUUCUCCACCCGCAGCUGUAGUGAACGUUACAGCUGCUGUCAUGUGUCUGUUAGCUCCAGGAGGAAAAGUUCCAAAGGACAAGAGCUGGAAAGCAGCCAAGAGCACCAUUAUGUCAAAGGUUGACGUCUUCUUGGAUAAUUUGGUCAACUAUGAUAAGGACAAUAUUCAUGAAAAUUGCCAGAAAGCUGUCCAACCCUUUUUGAAUGACCCUGAAUUCGAUCCAGAUUUCAUUCGGGCCAAGUCAUUAGCUGCUUCCGGUCUUUGCUCAUGGGUUAUCAACAUUAUGAUGUACUACACGGUAUUCUGUGAAGUUGAGCCCAAGAGAAUUGCUCUAAAUCAGGCAAACGCUGAGUUGUCUGCAGCCAGAGAGAAGUUACGAGUUAUUACCAACAAGAUUCAGCAGCUCGAGUCUGAUUUGGCCACAUUGACAGCCGAAUUUGAAAAGGCUACAAAUGAGAAGCUUCGUUGUCAGCAAGAAGCAGAGACAACUGCGAAGACCAUUGAACUGGCUAAUCGUCUUGUGGGAGGAUUGGCAUCAGAAAAUGUCAGAUGGGCCGAUUCAGUGAAAAAUUACAAAGAACAAGAAAAAACACUACCUGGAGAUGUCUUACUGAUCACAGCCUUUGUGUCAUAUGUGGGUUGCUUCACCAAACAGUACAGAACGGAUCUGCAAGAAGAAUGCUGGUUGCCUUUCUUGAAGACUUUAAAGAAUCCUAUACCUGUAUCUGAAGGUCUUGAUCCUCUUACGCUGCUGACAGACGAUGCCCAGAUUGCCUCAUGGAACAACGAGGGUUUGCCAAGUGACAGAAUGUCCACUGAAAAUGCCACUAUCCUUACCAGCUGUGAACGAUGGCCUUUGAUGAUUGAUCCUCAGCUCCAGGGAUCCAAAUGGAUUAAGACACGGUAUGGCGCCGACUUGAAAAUUAUUCAGCUGGGUCAGAAAGGAUACCUUGAUGCUAUUGAAAGGGCUGUAUGCAACGGUGAUGUAGUUUUAAUUGAAAAUAUGGGUGAAUCUAUUGACCCCGUGCUGGAUGCCCUUGUUGGAAGAAACACUAUUAAAAAGGGAAGAGCCAUUAAGAUGGGUGACAAAGAGGUAGAAUACCACGCUGAUUUCCGCCUCAUUCUUCACACCAAAUUAGCCAACCCUCAUUACAAGCCUGAGAUGCAGGCCCAGACAACACUUAUCAACUUUACAGUAACAAGAGAUGGUUUGGAAGACCAGCUUUUGGCUGCUGUUGUCAGCAAGGAAAGACCUGAUUUGGAAAAGCUGAAAUCGGACUUGACACAGCAACAGAAUCAGUUCACUAUCACAUUGAAAGAACUUGAAGACAACUUGCUGGCACGUUUGUCUGCUGCUGAAGGUAACUUCCUCGGAGAUUAUGCACUUGUUGAAAAUCUUGAGACCACCAAGAGAACAGCAGCUGAGAUUGAAGUGAAGGCUGAGGAAGCCAAAAAAACAGAAGUGGAAAUCAACACUGCUCGUGAGCACUACAGACCUGCUGCCGCUCGUGCGUCACUUCUGUACUUCAUCUUGAAUGACUUGAACAAGAUCAAUCCUAUGUACCAGUUCUCUCUGAAAGCAUUUAGUGUUGUGUUUGAGAAAGCCAUCGAUAAGGCUGAGCCAGCCGAAGAGGUGAAACAACGUGUUGUCAAUCUUAUUGAUUGCAUCACAUUCUCUGUGUAUACAUACACAGCUAGAGGAUUGUUUGAGAAGGAUAAGCUUAUCUUCACAACCCAGAUGUGCUUCCAAAUUCUUCUUUUGGCUAAAGAUCUUAAUCCCAUUGAAUUAGAUUUCCUGUUGCGUUUCCCAGCUACACAGAACGUCACAACACCUGUAGACUUCCUCAGUAACAAUGGUUGGGGUGGUAUCAAGGCCCUAGCCAACAUGGACGAUUUCCGCAACCUUGAUCGUGAUAUUGAAGGUUCAGCAAAAAGAUGGAAGAAGUUUGUUGAGAGUGAAUGCCCAGAAAAAGAGAAGUUCCCACAAGAAUGGAAGAACAAGUCAUCCCUACAGAAACUCUGUAUGAUGCGUGCUCUCCGUCCAGACAGAAUGACAUAUGCACUUAGACUAUUUAUUGAAGAAAAAAUGGGCACUAAAUAUAUUGAGGGUCGUGCUGUUGAAUUUGCUAAAUCGUAUGAAGAAUCUGGCAUUGGAACUCCAAUCUUCUUUAUCCUGUCACCUGGUGUGGAUCCCCUGAAGGAUGUAGAGAAGCAGGGACAGAAACUAGGAUUUACAAUGGACAAUGGAAACUUCCACAAUGUCUCACUAGGUCAAGGUCAGGAGAUUGUUGCAGAACAAAAGAUGGAGCUAGGAUCAAAAGAAGGACAUUGGGUUGUUCUCCAGAACGUCCAUUUAGUGGCUAAAUGGUUGGCAAAGCUUGAGAAGAAAGUGGAGGAGUACUCGACAGGAAGUCAUGAAGCAUACCGAUUAUACAUCAGUGCUGAACCAGCAGCAACCGCAGAUUCCCAUAUUAUUCCACAGGGUAUCCUUCAGGCGUCCAUUAAAAUUACCAAUGAACCCCCAUCUGGUAUGAUGGCUAACUUGCACAAAGCACUUGAUAAUUUCACACAGGAAACUUUGGAGAUGUGUGCCAGAGAGACAGAGUUCAAGGCCAUCCUGUUUUCACUCUGUUAUUUCCACGCUGUGGUAUGCGAGAGGAGGAAGUUCGGCGCCCAGGGAUGGAACAGAGUCUAUCCAUUCAACACUGGAGAUCUUACCAUCUCUGUCAACGUACUUUACAACUAUCUGGAGGCAAAUCCAAAGGUACCAUGGGAAGAUCUGCGUUACCUGUUUGGAGAAAUUAUGUACGGCGGUCACAUCACAGACGAUUGGGACAGAAACCUUUGCAGAACUUACCUACAAGUAUACAUGCACCCUGACAUGUUGGAAGGUGAGCUGUACCUCGCCCCAGGAUUCCCCAUCCCACCAAACACUGACUACAAGGGUUACCACAACUAUAUAGAUGAAUGCCUGCCACCAGAGACGCCAUACUUGUAUGGUCUUCACCCCAAUGCUGAAAUUGAGUUCUUGACCAACACUUCAGAGAACUUGUUCCGUAUUGUUUUUGAAAUGCAGCCACGUGAUUCUGGAGCCGGUGCUGCUGGUGGAAUCAGUCGAGAAGAGAAGAUCAAGAGUAUACUGGAUGAAAUUGUUGAGAAACUACCUGAGGAGUUUAAUAUGUUUGAGAUCAUGGGUAAAGUACCUCCGGAGGAGAGAACACCAUAUGUUGUUGUUGCCUUCCAAGAAUGUGAAAGAAUGAAUGGCCUGACAUCCGAGAUCAGAAGAUCCCUUAAAGAACUGGAUCUUGGUUUGAAGGGAGAGUUGACUAUCACUGCUGAUAUGGAAGACCUUGGAAACGCCCUUUUCCUGGACAACGUUCCUCCUGCAUGGUCGAAGAAAGCGUAUCCAUCACUGCACAACCUUGGCCCAUGGUACCCGGAUCUGUUACAGCGUAUUAAGGAAUUGGAGACUUGGACUUCUGACUUCCAGCUGCCAGCCGCAGUCUGGCUCGGUGGAUUCUUCAACCCACAGUCCUUCCUUACCGCUAUUAUGCAGCAGAUGGCCAGAAAGAAUGAAUGGCCGCUUGAUCGUAUGUGUCUGCAGUGUGACGUCACGAAGAAAGCACGUGAAGAUAUGGCGGGACCGCCACGUGAAGGCGCAUACGUACAUGGUCUUUACAUGGAAGGUGCACGGUGGGACAUGCAGACGGGUAUGAUCAGUGAAGCUCGACUGAAGGAACUCGCCCCUGCUAUGCCAGUCAUUUUCCUGAAGGCCAUUCCAGUGGACAGACAAGACAUGAGAAACGUCUACGAGUGCCCCGUAUACAAGACAAAGACCAGAGGACCGACAUUCGUCUGGACAUUCAACUUGAAGACAAAGGAGAAGCCCAGUAAAUGGAUUCUGGGAGGUGUUGCCCUGCUUCUACAGGUGUAAUACUCUUCGUACUCUACCAGGCACUUAAACGUGUUACACGAUAUACUAACUUGACUAACUUUAUAUAUGUGUGAAAAUUUCAUUUGAGAAGACUAACUUAUGAGCUACUUGUAGGCAAUACUUAUAAUGUUGAACAGCAGCAAAAUUGACCGACUCUAAGGACAUGCAGUGCUGGUCAGAUAUAAGAUCGUGACAACAUAUCUAUGACAUGUUUGUUGAUCGAGUUGUAUUAAGUUGUAUUCCAUCUGAUUCGACGUAAAGAAUAAGAGAUCCAGAUUCAAAUAUCGGUGUUGAAGGAAGUACAGUCGCUUUGAAGUUAAUACGAAUAUGUAUGGAACUAUUUUUAUAUAAAAUGAUGCAGUGUCAUGCUUAAAUUUGCAUACAAUGUAUUUGCUAUUUAUUUAAAGAAUUAAGUUGUAUCAUUUCAAUAUUAUCGAUCGAUUAUGAUUAAUAAUUUGUUUAACCUUUUUGUUAUGAAUAAAUAUAUAUAUUUAUAAUUAAAAUAUUUACAUACAUGCAAGUUAAACAUGCUGUUUUCAGUAUGAACGUAUAAAUCUUUUCCGUCCAGUAUGUUCUGUUUUACAAUAUAGGAUGAACAUCUGUCUUGUGUUAUACUUAAAAUAAUUAAUUUAAUUUAUGAAAAACGUUAUGAAAUACGUUGAAGGUUUGUCGUUUGAAUAAAAUUUAUGGAUUUA